CUUCACUCUCCCCUUCCACUCUCUCCUACUUCCCGCUUCCAACAACGAACUCACUCACUCGCUGUUGGCCGUGGUAACUCUAGGUUGUUCUCGCUUGCAAGUUUCUCCCAGCCAGCCGGCUUGCCAUCCACCAACCUGCCAAACUGCGUGGACACUUUGGGCUAACUGGGUUCGGUUCUUUCAAUCUUACUUGAGCUAUAAAGUUAGCUUGGCCGGGAGCCAUGGUGAAGGCGUCCAUGGUGUGCUAUCUCAAGCUGCUGCUCCUGCUCGCUCUCGGCGGGGUCACCAUGCACGUACCGGACGCCGACGUGCUCGCGCCGCUGGGGCCGGGGGCGCUGCGCCUCCACGGCCACCUCAGCUUCCACGACGUGGCCGCCGUGGCCCAGGACUUCGGCAACCGCUGCAGCCUGCUGCCGGCCGCCGUGCUCCAUCCGGGCUCUGUGUCCGACAUCGCCUCGGCCGUGCAGCGCGUGUUCCAGCUCGGUGAGCGCUCGCCGCUCACCGUGGCUGCGCGCGGCCACGGCCACUCGCUCCUCGGCCAGUCCCAGACCGCUGGUGGGAUCGUCGUCAAGAUGGAGUCCCUCAGCGGUGAUGCUAGGAUGCAGGUGCACAACGGCGAUGGUGCCGCCACACCUUACGUGGACGCCCCCGGAGGAGAGCUCUGGAUCAACGUGCUGCAUGAGACGCUCAAGCACGGGCUGGCGCCCAGGUCGUGGACCGAUUACCUCCACCUCACUGUGGGCGGCACGCUGUCGAAUGCCGGGGUCAGCGGCCAGGCGUUCCGGCAUGGGCCGCAGAUCAGCAAUGUCAACCAGCUGGAGAUUGUGACAGGAAGAGGAGAUGUCGUCACCUGCUCGCCCGAGGAGAACUCUGACCUCUUCUACGGCGCUCUCGGUGGCCUGGGCCAGUUCGGCAUCAUCACCAGAGCCAGGAUUGCUCUCCAGCCUGCACCAAAGAUGGUGAGGUGGAUACGGGUGCUCUACUCGGACUUCGCGAGCUUCACCGAGGACCAGGAGGCGCUGAUCUCGGCGGAGAAGACCUUCGACUACAUCGAAGGGUUCGUGACCAUCAACAGGACGGGCAUCCUCAACAACUGGAGGACGUCCUUCAAGCCGCAGGACCCAGUCCAGGCGAGCCACUUCCAGUCGGACGGAAGAGUGCUAUACUGCCUAGAGAUGACCAAGAACUUCAACGAUGAUGAGGCCGACAUCAUGGAACAGGAAGUUGGUGUGCUGCUGUCCCGGCUAAGAUACAUACAGUCGACUCUUUUCCACACCGAUGUCACCUACCUGGAGUUCCUGGACAGGGUGCACUCCUCCGAGCUGAAGCUCAGGGCUCAGGGCCUCUGGGAAGUGCCACACCCAUGGCUGAACCUUCUAAUCCCAAGAAGCACAAUCCACAAGUUCGCGAGCGAGGUCUUCGGCAAGAUCCUGAAAGACAGCAACAAUGGUCCCAUACUUCUCUACCCAGUGAACAGAGCAAAAUGGGACAACAGGACGUCAGUAGUUAUACCAGAUGAAGAAAUCUUCUACCUUGUGGGGUUCCUGUCUUCGGCACCGUCGCUCUCAGGCCACGGCAGCGUCGAACAUGCAGUGAACCUGAAUAACAAAAUAGUCGACUUCUGUGAGAAGGCCAACGUUGGGAUGAAGCAGUAUCUAGCACCCUACACUACGCAGCAGCAGUGGAAAGCCCACUUUGGGGCGAGGUGGGAGACAUUUGAACGGAGGAAACACAUGUACGAUCCCCUAGCAAUCCUAGCCCCAGGACAGAGAAUAUUUCCAAAGGCAUCACUGCCUAUGUCGUUGUGACAGUAUCUGCGCUCUAUGUAAAGGCCUCUGUAAAGCAUAUAAUGUACAUAAAUGUAGGUAAAAAUAUCUCUUUGUAAAGACAAGAUCUGCAAAGAAAAGGUAGCCUGCAACUAGUAGUAGUAGUGGGAAGUACCUCAAAAUAGAGCAGCCUGACCUUAACUCUGGGUUGUAGAGGAUGUAACUUUGAAGGAGGCAAUCUUUCGAUGAUUACAAUGUUUCAUGUAACAAGAUAAGUCCAGCUGUUGUUACAGCGUAGAGAAGAGUUGUGUAA